GCCGGCACAUGCAUGCUACUCCUCGCUAGGUGUCGUACUACUACUACUGCUGCUGCCACAGCGCUGGUGCUACAAGUCCACCACCUGUUCGUUUAGCACCCGCUUCAUUCUCCCGUCCUCUCAAGUCUCACGGGCCCCGCCUGGCCUCGCGGCUCUCCCGAGGCUGUUCGGUGCCUGCGCGCCCGCCACCACCGCGGCGCCGAGCAAGCCGCCGGCCACCCAGCUAACUUACUGGUCGGAGCAAGGAUGGCUGCGUCCUUGCCACCACCACCAGCGCUCGCGCUCGCGGCCCUGGCGGCGGCGGCGGCGAUUCUCCUCCUGUGCGGCGCCGGCGCCGCCGAGGCCCGCGUCCUCCUCACGCUCGACGACUUCGGCGCCGUCGGCGAUGGCAUUGCCAACGACACCCAGGCAUUCCUGGACGCGUGGGCCGCGGCGUGCGACUCCAGCGAGCAGGCCGUGCUCGCCGUGCCGGUCGGCAAGGCCUACCGGAUCUGGCCGGUGCAGCUCUACGGGCCCUGCAAGAGGAAGCUCAAGCUGCUGAUUUCCGGCUCCAUCGUCGCGCCGGCGAGCCCGGACGAGUGGGCGGGGCGGGACCCGAUGAAGUGGCUCUACAUAUACGGCGUCGACGGCCUGUCCGUCAGCGGCGGCGGCACCAUCGACGGCUCCGGGCAGCAGUGGUGGGCGAGCACCUGCAAGCGCAAGAAGACCCCGCCUUGCUACUCGGGGCCUCGUCCAAAGACGGUGCACUUCGAGGAGUGCCGGGGCGUGAGCGUGCAGGGCGUGACGCUGCAGAACGGGCAGCAGUUCCACCUGACGUUCACGCGGUGCUCCGACGUGAAGGCCAGCUUCCUCCGGGUGAUCGCGCCGGGGGACAGCCCCAACACCGACGGCGUCCACCUCAACUCCUCCUCCCACGUCCAGAUCACGGACAACCUCAUCUCCACAGGUGACGAUUGCGUCUCCAUGGUCGGCAAUUGCUCUGACGUCCGUGUAAAAGACAUCUCAUGUGGGCCUGGCCAUGGUAUCAGCAUCGGAAGCCUCGGCAAGAACCGGACCACCGACAUGGUCGAGAACGUGAAGGUCGACACCUGCUUCCUCACCAACACCACCAACGGCGUACGGAUCAAGAGCUGGCAGGGCGGCAUGGGCUUCGCGCGGGACCUGCGGUUCGAGAGCAUCGUGAUGAAGAACGUCUCCAACCCCAUAAUCAUCGACCAGUACUACUGCGACCAGCCCACGCCAUGCGCGAACCAGACGCGGGCGGUGGAGGUGCGCAAGGUGGAGUUCGCGGGCAUCCGGGGCACGUCGGCGACGGCGCAGGCGAUCAGCAUCGCGUGCAGCGACGCCGUGCCGUGCCAGGACCUGGAGCUCAAGAACGUCAACCUGACGCUGGAGGGCGGCGGCCACGCCACCGCGUCCUGCUACCGGGCGUCCGGGAAGACCGCCGGCGCCGUGGUCCCGCCGUCCUGCCUCGCCAAGUCCUGAUCUUUGCAGGUUUAAAGCUGUCGUCAUACCAAAACUUGUCGAUUGUACACGCCAUUGGUGUCGAGAGGGAAACACAGAAAAAAAAAAGGGGAAUCAUUGUUUUCGUCGAACUCGCAUUUACGGUGCAGAUUUGGUACAUGUGUGUUUAUUUGGGAACGCAUCAAAGUUCACCUUGUUCCCUUUUCAAAAAAAAAAGUUCACCUUGUUGAUUCCUUA